GGAGUUGAAAAAGAGAGAGAGAGAGAAGAAAAAAUUGAGUCGAAUCCUUCGACGCUCAUCGAGGAGGGAAAUCUUGGGGGAAAAGAGUCCGAUGAUCCCGUUCUCAUGACGAAUCCUUUACGAGAUGCACGCCCCGAGGAUCGGCCUCUAGGCUUGGACUAUCCCGACCCGAGAUUGGUCCGGAACGGUCAUCAAGAGCAUCAAGGGAGCUCGACGCAUCAGAUCGGUGCAGCGAGGAUCAGACGCACCAGGGCCUCGUCCACGAGGAGAAGAAUGCAUUUGGCGAACGAGGUCCCUCCCCAAGGAUCCACCGGUGGCAACAAUCUUCCGGACUAUGCCCUCACCGCGGACCUGCUCACCGAGAGAACUCUCGACGGUCUCUUCGCCGAGCAUCCGGGAGAACUCGUGCGAACAGGCUCCCCUCACGUGGUCUGCACGGUACUGCCGGCGCAUUGGAGGUCAAACAAGACGCUUCCGGUAGCGUUCAAGGUAGUGGCCUUGGGCGAGGUCGGUGACGGGACCUUGGUGACAGUGCGUGCAGGAAAUGAUGAAAAUUGCUGCGCGGAAUUGAGAAAUUCCACCGCUGUGAUGAAGAACCAAGUGGCCAAGUUCAACGAUCUUAGGUUCGUCGGUAGAAGCGGUAGAGGAAAAAGUUUCACCUUGACGAUUAUGCUGCAAACGUCGCCACCUCAGGUAGCCACCCUGUCUAAAGCAAUCAAGGUCACUGUGGAUGGACCGAGAGAACCUAGAUCGAAAACAAGGCACCAGGCUUUCCACCCGUUUCAUUUCGGGCCUAGACCUUUCCCUUUCGGCCACCCUCAGGAUCCUCUGGGAUUCAAGUUGACCGGUUUGCAACACCUGGGUCUGGAGCAAGGAGCCAGCCAAGGAUGGGGUGGAUUACCUCGGGGCUCUCUUCCGCCGCACUGUCUUCCGCCGCCUCCCGGCCACCAUUCGCAUACACAUCCUCCGGCAGCUGGUGCGUCGGCCUUCAAUCCCUUCCACCACAGUAUCGAGCAAAGAUCUCCCAGACUACCUGGACCCAACUCUGAAUCCGCGAGGAACGAUUUGGGCCCGAUCAGCGUGUCGGUGAGGGAGGUGACACCGACCACUUCGCCCGGCAAUCCUGGGCCCGGAUUGCUCACCACGGCCACCGUCGCGGCGCCCACGCCUCCGGCAGAACCUACCACGACCACCACCACGCCUAGCCCUUCGUCGGGCCACCAUUCCCACUUUCAAGGUCUUCAUCUUCUCGGGGCGACGGGGUCUAUUUUCGGAUCGAUAUUCGCCCCUCUGUUGCCGCAAUCCUCCUGGCUCUACAAUCCUCUCUACCACACGCAGCAAUACGUGCUGGAGCCCGAGUGGCACGCUCUCGCGCUCAGGAUGGCGCAGCAACGGUUGCAGAGGCCCGAUCAGGCAAGGGUCGAGGAGAUGAGGAAGGUUCGGAGCGGUAGCAGCAGCCCGGAAUCCGCGUUGAAGGAGGCGAGACGGCGGGACGACGAGGAUCAGGACGAGGCGGUACGGGGCAGAUCGGACAGCCCGGAUGGGAGCAUUGAGGUGGACGAUAGGAACGAGCAGGAUCCGAGCAGGGAUCGGGCGAGGAGCGACGAGUCGGCGGCGGGGCAGGACUCGCCGAGGAUCUCGCCUGUGAGGAGCGAGGACACCGAGGACACGACCACCGACGCCACGUUUCAGGACGGCACGGUUCACCUCAGGCCGAGCGUGGAGAACUCGAACGAUCGCGAGGAGAGCGGAGUCGGGAACGACGAGAUCCCUCGCAGGGAUUUGAAGAUCCACCGUCUCGAGGGGACGGUGGAUCUUAGCACGAGGAAUAAAGGGCAGGAUAAGGAGAACGUGGGCCAAGAUCUCACCACCAAGAGGAAGGAGGAAGACACGAGCGUGGAGAGGGAGAUACGGGGGAGAAGAGAGAGAAGCCCUAAGCCUAGACAGGUCUGGAGACCGUAUUAAACCGGGCCGAUCUCGGAUGGAGGAUCCCGCCUCUCGCCUUCGUCGAAAUUUUCCCGAAAUUUUCACCUCGUUGUAAAAUUGUCGGCCGUGAUCCGUUUGUAUAUCGAUUUAAGAUGAGAACGGUUCGGUAAGAUCCGAUACCGUACACCGUACGUAGGGAAGGGUUCGAUCGUGGAGAAAGAAGCCUGGUCCUGGGACCAGGAAUUAUUAUUAUCAUGGACUCGAGGACUAACCAGGGUUUUACGUUCGUAUAUAUAUAUAUAUAUAAUAUGUAAAUAUAUAAGCGACGUCCAAUUAUUAUUUAGGUUACUAUCUCGCGUACGUGUCAAGCGUUACCCAUUUUUGUCAUUUCGAGAGUGAGAUCGAUCGACGACGAAUCAUCAGACGAACGAUCCUCGUUACAACCCAUCCCUAUUUUCCACGAAUGGAACGAAUUUUACAAAGUUGAGCCGAAACGAAAAGAGGUUCGGCUCGAGGAGGGCCGAAUUUUUAAUAAUAUAUAUCGUAACGAACGAUGGACGAGAGGAUUUAUUAUAUCCGUCGUUGCGACACGGGUGCCGGGGUUGUGACGUGGAUCGUUCCACGUGAUUUUCCCGAAUCGCGAGAAACCGCGAAUUCGCGACGAAAUUGUAAAUAUAUCACAGAUCGGAAUUUCCCAAGUCCAAGUCCAAGUCACCGUUUCCGCAGGCUAGUCACUUUUCUUUCCUUUCUUUUUUUUUCUUUUUUUUAUUAUAUAUAUAUAUAACUUUUCUUCGCCUCUUUUUACGAGGCGAACGUUAACCGUCGACCCAUCAGCGGCGAACGCGAUGAAGAUCGUGAAACGCGAUCGACGACCAAGGGUCCGACCUUCGUUUCGCGUUUGCUCGCGUGACUCGGCUCGACGAUCAGAUUCUUUCACUGUUUAAGUACGUCAUCAAAUAAAGUAAUAUCAUCCGUUCCACGAA